AUGUCAAAACUAGGAGAUAAAAGAAAGAAAUCAAAAUAUAAUAAACAAUUGAAAAAAAGAAAGAGAGAACAACAACAACAACAACUCAAUCAAAUAAAUUUCCAUUACCAACCUUUUUUACCAGUUAGUUUCAGUGCCAUCGUUGAUCAAUGUAUUAAAGUAAUACAAUUACCAUUUAGAAAAGAUACAUGGGAUAGUAUAAUUGAAUACUUUUUAUCUGUAUAUUCAAUAGGAGAGGAUGACUAUGAUCAAGAAUCGGUAGCUUUACAAUCUGAUUCCUCUGAUGUAGAAGUAGAAGACUCCAAACAACUACAUAAAAAUAACUUUAACUUGCCUGCUGGAACAACAUCGACAGCGGGUGUUCCAACUAUUAUUGUACAAAAUAAUGAUACCACCAUUAUCAGAAGACUAGAGUCAAAGGUUGCCAGCCUUGAAAAAGAAAUCCUACGUAUCAAAUCUGAUCAAAACCAACUGUAUAAAAAUAAUCUUAACCAAUAUCAAGAAUUACUCGGCCAAAUUAUAAAGGCAUCACAAUUAUUAAAUCAACAACCACAAUUACAACAACCAAUGUAUGUACCACCUCCACCUCCACCACCUCCACCACCCCCUAAGCCAGCAGCUGUUGCAACAACACCAACUGCCUCUUCGAGUUCAGUGAAGAAUCCAGCGUCCGCACAGAAGAAAUCAUCGAGCUCGUCGGGUGGCAAGCAAUUCAAUAUUUCAUUGGCAGAUAUCACAGGAGUCAAGUUGAGAAAGACUGGAUCGUCUUUAUUGAGACCAGGUGAGACAAGAUCGCCACACAAGAACGCAGCCAACAACACACCAUCCAAGAGAGCAGGUAGCAGCAAUAACACUCCAAGCAAGAAGUCCACACCAAGUAAAUCAAAUUCCAGCAGAGGCAGCACACCACUCAAGAACAUCACAAACCAAACCAACAAUGAAAACAACAACAACAACAUUUUAACACCAAAGACCACCAAAUCUGGUCUUACUUUCUCAACUUCAAUUUUGUCCUCCCCAAAAUCGUCGUCAACAAACAAAUUAAGUCAACUUAAAUCACCAUCACCAAAGUCACCAUCACCAUUAACUAUUUCAACACUAAGAUAG